UUGGCUUUCAUUCUGCGCAUGCGCAUUGUCCAGGGGAAGCCAUGUUUGGUGUUUGUCAGAUGUUUUUAAAGACGUUUUGCUCAAUUCGUGAUAUUUAUUAGUGAGGGGUCCAGGUUAAUAUACGUCUUUGAUUUAGAUAUCGGACUUCUUCAUGAAUUCCAGUUCCGACAUUUCGCGGCGCAAUCCCCAGGAGGAUUUCGAGAUAAUUCAGCGUAUAGGAAGCGGUACCUACGGUGAUGUCUACAAGGCCAGAAAUGUCACCACUGAGGAGCUGGCUGCCAUUAAAGUCAUUAAACUGGAGCCUGGCGAGGAUUUUGCAGUUGUGCAACAGGAGAUCUUCAUGAUGAAGGACUGCAAGCACUCCAACAUCGUGGCGUAUUUCGGGAGUUACCUCAGAAGGGAUAAAUUAUGGAUCUGCAUGGAGCAUUGUGGAGGUGGCUCCCUUCAAGACAUAUAUAAUGUAUCGGGGCCUCUGACGGAAUCUCAGAUAGCUUAUGUGUCACGUGAAACCCUACAGGGUUUGUACUAUCUACAUAACAAAGGGAAGAUGCACCGAGACAUAAAGGGGGCCAACAUUUUGUUGACAGACAAUGGGUACAUUAAAUUAGCUGACUUUGGAGUCUCUGCCCAAAUCACAGCCACACUGGCCAAGAGGAAGUCCUUCAUUGGAACACCUUAUUGGAUGGCACCAGAGGUGGCAGCAGUCGAGAGGAAAGGAGGCUACAACCACCUCUGUGACAUCUGGGCCGUGGGCAUCACUGCCAUUGAGCUGGCAGAGCUUCAGCCACCAAUGUUUGACUUGCACCCCAUGAGAGCCCUAUUCCUGAUGACAAAAAGUAACUUCCAGCCACCAAAAUUAAGAGACAAGAUAAAAUGGACCAAUCAUUUUCAACAUUUUGUGAAGCUGGCACUCACAAAAAACCCAAAGAAGAGGCCUUCAUCUGAUAAGUUAUUGCAGGAUCCUUUUGUCACACAGCCUCUUAGUCACACUCUUGGCAUUGAGCUGUUGGACAAGAUCAGCAACCCUGACCCUACUUCCUUCUCUGACAUUGAUGAUGACGACACAGAAUCUGAGGGAGCCAGUGCAGAGAGGCAAGUACAGCCUUCAAUGUCAGUGCCUCAUCGGAUCCCCUCCAUCAGCAGAAACGCUCGUGAGGAGAAGACACUUUCUGAAAUUAAAUUGGGCCAAGUGAAGUUUGACCCUCCUCUACGGAAGGAGACCGAGCCUCAUCAUGAACCACUCGACUCUGACGAUUUUUUGGACUGUGUGGAAGAGAUCUACUACACGGCGAGAUCUAAUUUGGAGCUUCAGAUGGACUAUGGACACGGGUCUUGUGGUUCCAUUCUCGGAGGCAAUAGGAGUCUGUUGAAAUCAGUUGAAGAAGAAUUACACCAGAGGGGCCACAGGGCUCACCUAGAGGAUGAUGGGGAGGACCACGAGGAGAAUGCUGCUGAGGAUUCUAGGGGUAGUGGUGGGGAUAAAGCAACAUCACGACAUGCAGCAUCCACCAUGAGGCCUAAAUUCCCCCCACCCCCACCUCCUCAGCCCAAGAGCAUCUCCAUCCCUCCAGUGGAUCUCCCCAGUGACCAUGAGCGCAUCCAUGACACUACUAUGUGUUGUCCAGCCAGCGACAGCCCCACAGCACCCUCCACCUGUAGCGCCCCUCAGCCAGCAGCCCCGCCGUGCAGCUUAGGCAAUGGAGUGAGUUCGACCGACGACAGCAGAGAGAAGGAGACCUCAGGGAAGGAGAAAGAGUCAUCGCCUCCGAGUGAUCCUGCACGGAAAGACAAAAAGGAUGUCCCGAUCCCUCUCAGCAAUGGACUUCCUCCAACUCCAAAAGUCCACAUGGGAGCUUGCUUCUCUAAAGUCUUCAAUGGUUGUCCACUGAAAAUCCACUGUGCCACUUCCUGGAUCAACCCAGACUCUAGAGACCAAUAUCUUAUAUUUGGAGCUGAAGAGGGGAUUUAUACUCUAAACUUGAACGAAUUACAUGACUCGUCAAUGGAGCAGCUGUUGCCACGGAGAUGUACAUGGCUGUAUGUCAUGAAUAACAGCUUGCUCUCAAUAACGGGAAAAGCGUCUCAGCUGUAUUCUCACAAUCUGUGUGGCCUUUUUGAUCAUGCUCGGCUUUCCUUUCCAACUCAUAAAUUUCCUGACAAGAUUAUUCCCAGGAAAUUCUCUGUCUCGAGUAAGAUCCCCGACACAAAAGGAUGUCAGAGGUGUUGUGUAGUAAGAAACCCAUACACAGGUCACAAGUACCUCUGCAGUGCCUUACAGUCCAGUGUGGUUCUCCUGGAGUGGGUGGAACCGAUGCAGAGGUUCAUGUUGGUUAAGAGUAUGGACUUCCCUUUACCCUGUCCUCUGGGUGUGUUUGAGAUGUUGGUGGUUCCCGAGCAGCAGUACCCACUCAUAUGUAUGGCUGUCAGCAAGGACACAGAGUUCAACCAGGUGGUUCGUUUUGAAAUAGUAAAUCCAAACUCCACAUCACCCUGGUUCACCCAAUCAGACAUCCCUCAGAGUUCGGUUAUACAGUUAACUCAACUGGAAAGAGACACCAUCCUAGUGUGCCAUGAUCGCUGCAUUAAAAUAGUGAAUUUACAAGGCAGGUUGAAAUCAAGCAAGAAACUAUCAGCAGAACUCACAUUUAACUUCCAGAUUGAGUCUAUAGUUUGUCUUCAGGAUAGUGUUUUAGCAUUCUGGAGACAUGGUAUGCAAGGCCGAAGCUUCAGGUAUAAUGAGAUCACACAGGAGAUCUCAGAUAAUACAAGGAUAUUUAGGCUGCUUGGAUCAGACAGGGUGGUAGUGUUGGAGAGCAGACCAACAGACAAUCCCACUGCACAGAGUAACCUUUACAUCCUGGCAGGCCACGAGAACAGCUAUUGAGCUUCUGAAAGGAUGAUGGAUACCCUUCGCCCAAUGACACAGGCUGAGAUCAUCAAAUGUUUUUAAUGUUUUAGAUCUUUUUGGCUUUUAUACGUGAUCAUUUUUGCACUUGUGGUUGAUUGUUGCAUUUAAAAGCAGACACUAAAAGUCACAAGUCAGGAAGCCACCACCAUAGCUGAAGAAAGAUGUCACCAUUCCUGUGCUUUGAGUUAGUUUAAGACACCAGCCUUUAUUUGAAAAUCUAAAUGUGUACAAUCUUUCAUUUUUGUAGUACUACACACUCUCAUUUUCAUAGCACGAAUAGGAAAUCAUACUGACCACAAAAGUGCUUAAGGACAUAUUAAACUACCGGAAAUAUAAAUACACAUAAACAUAUAUGUACAUUAUGUAGAUAUCUCUACAUGUUCUCCCAGUUUGUCAAUAUUUGUACAAAUAUUGGGUACAAUUGUAUGUAUUUAUGUAUGUAUGUAUGUAUGUAUGUAUGUAUGGUUACAAUUUAUGACAGUUUGAUGUCUUGGUAUCACGUUUAUUUUACACACAAAGCAUUUUACAAAAAGCACAAAGAAGUGCCCACCCCCAUAGACUUCUAUGCUGUUUUUAUGGUUUUCUACUUUUUAUCACGUUUUUUUAUACAAAGCUGUCUUAAAGGUUCAAUAUUUAAUUCAGAAAAUGUGCACUUGAUUGUACAUAUUUGCACAGUAAUUCAAGAUUUUGUUGAGUAUGUGUGUGUCCACAAAUCCUGCACAUGACUAUGUAAGGUCAUACAUCUAAAUGGGGCGGAAGCUAAAUUUCAAGGGCUGUUAGCUGUAAUACUUCAGCAGGUUUAUCUCAUAAGAUACACCCAUUGAUUGUCUAUAGAGGUGGAUCUAGGUCAGACUAUAAUGAAUUUAUUAAAGGAGCAAAUUUCGUAAACAAUUUACACUUGUUUCAAUUGGUUACAUAUAGAAAAAGCUGCUGAUGAAACUGAAUUAAAAAUGUAAGUUGACGGUGGUUAUGUUAGAAGUGAUUAAUUCAACUUAAAAUAACAAUUUUGUGCUUGAAUCUUUGCUUUCAGUUGGUGUCAAGCAGUCCAGCAUCUUUUAUUUUGUUCUGUGUUUUUAUUUGUGUUUACUUCAACUUUUUGAGAACGUGUCUGUUGAAUGUGUAUAUUUCUUAAACCAUCUUCCACCAGGAUCUAUUUUGUUCUGGCAUAUAUGUUUUUCUUUCUGACCAUUUGUAGACCAUAACCAAUCAAUCAGUAGAUCAAUAGAUGCUCCAGGUACUGAAGUAACCCAAAGGUCAUGACAGUUUAAUGUUUUCCUUAAACUGCCCAACAGCUUUCAACUAAGCAAAUAUAAUUGCAAAGGGGAUUUCUAAUGAUGAAUUUGCCUUUUUUACAGGAUUAGCUAAUAAUGUGCCAUUUAAACAAAGACGUGAGGAUUGCAGAAAAUGAACCUUUUACACCUAAUAAAAUGUUCCAUUCCAAAUA